AUGUCUUUAUUUGAUGAUAAAAAAGGUAUGCAGAUUGCUCUUAACCAAGCCAAAAAAUCUUUUGCUGAGGGAGGUAUCCCCAUAGGUGGCUGCUUAAUUCAAUCGGAUGGAACUUUAUUGUCCUCGGGCCAUAAUCAGAGAGUCCAAAAGGGGUCGGCCAUCUUGCACGGAGAAAUGUCAGUCUUGGAAAACGCCGGUAGAUUACCAGCUACAACAUAUCGUGAUUGCACAAUGUACACUACGUUAUCCCCGUGUUCAAUGUGUACUGGAGCCAUAUUAUUAUAUGGUAUUAAACGGGUUGUUGUUGGUGAGAAUGAAACUUUUAUGGGUGGUGAAUCAUUAUUGAAACAACAUGGGGUUGAAGUUGUUAAUUUGAAUGAUGAGGGGUGUAAGGAAAUUUUACAAAAGUUCAUUGAAGAGAAACCACAGUGUUGGGAUGAAGAUAUUGGUGUAUAG